AUGGUCCCCACGAAGCCGAUAAUUGAGGUGCUUCCAUCAGAGCUGCUAGGCAGCAUCCUGCACCACGUCUACGCAUCUCAUGAUCAAGAAGCUGGAAGUUCCCUGAGCUGCCUGCUCGUUUGUCGUCAAUGGCGAGACUUGGGAUUGCCAAUCUUAUACCGCGACCUAGUGCUGGGAAGUGCUCAACUGCCUCACUUUCUGGCUGUCUUCAACCAGCAGGCCAUCUCCGCGUUCACGCAGUCUCUGACGAUCCGUGUUUCAUGGCCUCAAACUGCAACCAGCGACGAACUAGCGCCCGGUAAACUGCCCGAUGCGUGGCUGCGUCGCCUGGUACAGGAUGUCAUGGACCAUAUGGGUCCUCGGCUGCGCAGUUGUUGCCUCUCGACCUCCUGUCCGGUUUCAAGGGCCACAAUUUUGGCCUUCCUCAGAGCGCUUCCUGCUAGCUGUAUCAAUUUGGAGCUUGAUACUGAAAACUACGACACGGACGACUUGGACAACCCGUUUGGUCACCGAGAUACCGACGAUGUUCCUGACAAUGCGGUGCAUUUGUGCCACGAGCUGCGUGGAAUACUUCCACGGCUGGUUCAAGCCCGCAUUAGGUUGCGGACCAUGUGUGCAGCUAUUGUAGGCACGUAUAAUGAAUAUCACGAUUUCCAAGCCGUGUCACUUCCGUCGAUGGAUUCUCUCAUGAUCAGUUGUGUCGACGGCUGGGGAGUUGGUAAACGCUGUCAUCAACAACCCCGAGGCGUACAGUCGUUGGAGCCAACGUCUUGGCAUUCCGUUAUCCACGGACUUCAGCAGGUCGCAAAGACAAUAGAACGUCCAGAUGUCCAAUUAGUCGUCAUGGGAUGCGUAGGUGGUAGUGAACAGGACCGGCGCCACCAUAAAACAUUGCUGCGUUGCCAUGUUAGCCAGGAUAUCACUACUCGGGCAUUUUCCGUCUUGAAUUUGCCGCGGAUCGAGUCCCUAGACAACGAAAGCCCGAGUAUUUACUACGCCCGAACACAGGAUGGUGGCAUUGUCACGGGGGGAUACUCAUUAUUGCAGGAAAGCAUCGAGGGUCGGCUGUGGAGAACACUGACAACGGGUACAAGGCUGCCUGCUGAUGCGGCUAAGGUAUCUCGGAUACCGCUGCGGAAAGAAAUGGUUUGGCCAGAAACAGAGUGGAGGGAAAAGUACCCGAGAAAGUCGUGUCUUUUGUGGGUGAACGAGAGAAAGACGGGCAUGAGGUUAGUAGAGUGCGAGGAAAGGCAUGACUUUGAUUUGAGAGGUUUGGUGGAGGAGACGCCUGGUGGAUGGCAUAGACCAGUAGAGCACGAACUUGCCCUUCUAGUAAAGGAUGAGCAAGAACUUGGAAGUUAA